UCUCGCGGCCCCUCGCGGGUAGGUCAAGGCUUAGGGGUUCCGCGCGCGGCGUCCAGAAUGGUCAGCGCGAGAUGAUGGCCACAUCUGGUGCAGUCCAAGUCCGAUUUAGGGCCGCGUGGCUGUGUGAGCCCCGGCGGAAGACCGGAUUGAGAGUCGGUUUGUUCAAAAGCACAGGACUUGGUGGUUUCCCCGGCAGCUUUCAACCCUGAAUAGGCCUGAGUUUCAUCAUGGCCCUCUAUUUUGACCACCGAAUAGAAGCUUCAGACUCAGCUGGGUCUCCUUCCCACAUCAGCUGGCACCCUGUUCAUCCAUUCCUGGCAGUUGCCUCUGUCAGCGCACCCUCGGGAGGCAGUGCGGAUAUAUACUUGGAGCAAGGCGAGCACGUGCCGGACGCGCAUAUUGAGAGAUCCUUCCGGGUCACUUCCCUGUGCUGGCAUCCAACACGGCUAAUCCUGGCUGUUGGCUGGGAGACUGGAGAAGUGAUUGUGUUUAACAAGCAGGACAAGGAGCAGCACGCAGUCCCCCCAACACACACCGCGGACAUCACUGUCCUCAACUGGAGCACCAGCGGCAACUGUCUCGUGUCCGGGGACAGGCUGGGUGUCCUGCUCUUGUGGAAGUUGGACCAAAGGGGCCGAGUGCAAGGUACCCCCCUCCUGAAACACGAGUAUGGAAAACACCUGACUCACUGCAUCUUCCGGCUGCCCCCUCCUGGCGAGGAUCUCGUUCAGUUGGCGAAGGCAGCUGUGAGCGGCGAUGAGAAAGCCCUUGAUAUGUUUAACUGGCGGAAAAGUGGCUUUGGGAAUUUCUUGAAAAUGGGAUCUCAAGAGGGACUGUCCUUCUUUGUCAGCUUGAUGGAUGGGACCCUGCACCACGUGGACGAGAAAGGCAAGACCACCCAGGCAGCGUCCACGGACAGCUCCAUCCAAAUGCUGUUCUACAUCGAGAAGAGGGAGGCGCUGGUGGCGGUCACGGAGAGCCUGCUGCUGUCCCUGUACUUGGUGACUCCCGAGGGCGAGGCAGAAGAAGUGAUGAAGGUAAAGUUGAGUGGGAAGAUGGGUCAUCGGGCGGACAUUGCUUUGAUUGAAGGCAGCCUUCUGGUGAUCGCCAUCGGGGAAGCAGCCCUCAGAUUCUGGGAUUUAGAACGAGGAGAGAAUUAUGUACUGAGUCUGGAGGAGAAGUUCGGUUUCGAAAAAGGAGAGAAUGUAAACUGUGUUUCUUACUGCGAAGUCAAAGGUCUUCUGGCAGCCGGUACCGAUAAAGGGCGAGUAGCCAUGUGGAGAAAAGUACCAGGCCCCCAAAGCAGCCCAGGAAUGGAGGGCAAAGACAGGUGGACCCUUCAAACCCCUACUGAGCUCGAAGGAAACAUCACACAGAUACAGUGGGGCUCCAGGAAGAACCUUCUGGCCGUGAACAACAGCAGCUCGGUGGUGAUCCUCCGCGAGCAAGCCAUGUCCUCGCACUUCCACCAGCAAGUGGCUGCGGUGCAGCUUUCCCCGAGCUUACUCAGCGUGUCUUUCCUGGCCACGGGGGUGACGCACAGCCUGCGCACAGACAUGUACAUCAGCGGCGUGUUCGCCACCAAGGAUGCUAUCGCCGUCUGGAAUGGAAAACAGGUGGCGAUCUUUGAGCCUUCUGGAGCCACGUUACAAAAUGCAGGUGCAUUCCUGUGUGAGUCUCCCGUGUUAGCGAUGCAUGAAGAAAAUGUCUACACGGUGGAGCCAAACCGAGUUCAAGUUCGAACCUGGCAGGGAACGGUGAAACAACUCUUGCUGUUCUCUGAGACGGAGGGGAACCCGUGCUUCUUUGACAUCUGUGGAAAUUUCCUGGUUGUAGGGACGGACUUGGCUCACUUUAAAAGCUUUGAUCUUUCCCGAAGAGAAGCAAAGGUGCACUGCAGCUGCAAGAACCUGGCUGAGCUGGUCCCUGGAGUGGGGGCCAUUGCGUCACUCAGAUGCAAUGCCAACGGCAACAAGAUAAGCAUCCUCCUCAGCAAGGCCGACAACAGCCCCGAUUCAAAAAUCUGCUUCUAUGACGUGGAAAUGGACACGGUGACCAUCUUCGACUUCAAAACGGGACAGAUUGAUUGGAAAGAGACCUUGUCCUUCAACGGGCAGGAAACUAAGAAGAACCAUGCCUUUUUGGACGAGAAGCUGGCACACCAUGUUCCCGUGAGCCACUUCUGGGAUCAGAGCGACCCCAGGCUGUUUGUGUGCGAGGCCGUGCGGGAGGUUACGGGAGCCCCGCUGCAGCCCACAGACAGGAAGGUCCACGCCGAGGACAGUGCUGGCCCCACGGCGGACGUGUGGAUUCUGUCCUUCUUCGUUUCCGACGAGCAUGGCUUCUUGCUUCAGGACAGCUUCCCCCGGCCUCCCGUCUACCAGUCUCUUCUGGGAAUGCAGGUGCCCCAUUAUUACUUCACCAAAAAGCCGGGAGAAGCAGACAGAGACGACCAGGCGGAUUCAGGGCACCCCUGCAUCCCCCAGAUGGUGGGCAGGAGGCCCCUGCGAGACUUCGUGGGGCUGGAGGAUUGCGACAAGCCCACCCAGGACACCAUGCUCAACUUCACCUUCUUCGUCACCGUCGGAGACAUGGAUGAAGCUUUCAAAUCCAUCAAACUCAUCAAAAGCGAGGCUGUCUGGGAGAACAUGGCACGUGUGUGUGUGAAGACCCAGCGGCUGGACGUCGCCAAGGUGUGCCUGGGCAACAUGGGCCACGCACGUGGAGCCCGAGCCCUGCGGGAAGCUGAGCAGGAGCCAGAGCUGGAGGCCCGGGUGGCUGUGCUGGCCAUACAGCUGGGCAUGCUGGAGGAGGCCGAGCAGCUGUACAAGAAAUGCAAGCGCUAUGACCUUCUCAACAAGCUCUACCAGGCCUCCAGUCAGUGGCAGAAAGCCAUAGAAGUCGCCGAACUCCAGAACCGUGUCCACCUGCGCACGACCUACUACAACUACGCCAAGCAUCUGGAAGCCAGCUCUGACUGCAGCCUGGCCCUCAGCUACUACGAGAAGUCAGACACCCACCGCUUUGAGGUGCCCAGGAUGCUGUCAGAGGACCUGCAGUCCCUGGAGGUCUACAUCAAUAAGAUGAAAGACAAGGCGCUGUGGAGGUGGUGGGCCCAGUACCUGGAGAGCCAGGCAGAGAUGGAUGCCGCGCUGUACUACUAUGAGCUGGCGCAGGACCACUUCUCCCUGGUCCGCAUUCACUGCUUCCAGGGCAACAUCCAGAAGGCUGCGAAAAUAGCCAAUGAGACUGGAAACUGGGCUGCGUCCUACCACCUGGCCCGGCAGUACGAGGGCCAGGAGGAGGUGAGGCAGGCCGUGCACUUCUACACGCGGGCUCAGGCUUUCAACAACGCCAUCCGUCUGUGUAAGGAGAAUGGCCUGGAUGACCAGCUCAUGAACUUGGCCCUGCUGAGCUCCCCCGAGGACAUGAUUGAGACGGCACGCUAUUACGAGGAGAAGGGCGAGCAGAUGGACAGGGCGGUCAUGCUGUACCACAAGGCCGGCCACUUCUCCAAGGCCUUGGAACUGGCCUUCGCCACCCAGCAGUUUGUGGCCCUGCAGCUCAUCGCGGAGGACCUGGACGAGAAGUCGGACCCUGCCCUCCUGGCCCGCUGCUCGGACUUCUUCCUUGAGCACAGCCAGUACGAGAAGGCAGUGGAGCUGCUGCUGGCCGCCAAGAAGUACCAGGAAGCCCUGCAGCUCUGCCUGGAGCAGAACAUGACCAUCACGGAGGAGAUGGCCGAGAAGAUGACCGUAGCUAAGGACUGCACGGACCUGUCGGAAGAGUCGCGGCGUGAGCUGCUGGAACAGAUCGCCAACUGCUGUAUGCGCCAGGGCAAGUACCACCUGGCGACUAAGAAAUACACACAGGCCGGGAACAAGCUCAAGGCCAUGAGAGCGCUGCUCAAGUCUGGGGACACGGAGAAAAUCGUGUUCUUCGCGGGCGUCUCGAGGCAAAAGGAAAUCUACAUCAUGGCAGCCAACUACCUGCAGUCCCUGGACUGGCGGAAGGAGCCAGAGACCAUGAAAAACAUCAUCAGCUUCUACACCAAGGGGCGGGCCCUGGACCUGCUGGCCGGCUUUUACGAUGCCUGUGCCCAGGUGGAGAUCGACGAAUACCAGAACUAUGAGAAGGCGCAUGGGGCGCUGACUGAGGCCUACAAGUGCCUGUCCAAGGCCAAAGCCAACAGCCCGCUGGACCAGGAGACCAAGCUGGCUCAGCUGCAGAGCAAGAUGACGCUGGUGAAGCGCUUCAUCCAGGCACGCAGGAUGUACAGCGAGGACCCCAAGGAGUCCAUCAAACAGUGCGAGCUGCUCCUGGAGGAGCAGGACCUGGACAGCGCCAUCCGCAUCAGGGACGUUUGUGGCUUCCUGGUGGAGCAUUACCUGCAAAUGGAGGAGUUCCAAAUGGCCUACAAGUAUCUGGAGGAGAUGCGGAGGAGGCUUCCCGCCGCCAACAUGUCCUACUACGUGACCCAGGAGACCCUGGACGCUGUGCACCGGGGCCUGGGCAUCCCCCUGGCUCGUGUCGCGCCCCAGCGGAUCCGCCACAACAGCAAGGAGGACCCCAAAGAGGUGGAGGAGGAGGUGAUGGAGGAAGUUGAGAACGACCCCUGACGGCCUGCUGCUGCAAAAGCUCUUCUGGAACUUUCCCGUCAUCAGUAGUAGCAAGAGCCUACCUUUCUUGUUGAAAGGAAAGCUUUUGUGUUUGAAUACGUAGCUGUGGGGCCCAGGGCUGGGGCUGGCCUGCUUAGGAAACGAGAGCGUGUGCAUUUUGGAGCCAUCCCUUCCAUGUUCCUGGCCCUGCGCAGUUCUGGUUUAACUGCUUUACUGUAAAGGGAGUUGGUUCAUUUUUCCCAUGGCAUUCUCCCAAAUACAGAUUGUAAAGCCUAAGAAACUUCUAGAACUUCAUGCACUGAGGAUGUUAGUGUAUACACCGCAUCUCGUGCCAGCACCCGAGUGGGUUGCGUGACAGGGCAUCCAAGUUUCCAGCAGGACGCACCGUUCCUGACCACAAGGCCGUUCCUGAGACACAGGGCAGCAGUGGGGGUGGUUCCUGUCUCCGACAGCCUCACAGCAGCCCUGAUGGCUCUGUCCUUUAGGCUGUGCCCUGUCUGUCAUCAGCUCCCACUGUGAGGGGAGGGGAACCUCAGGGUCCACCCACGGGCUGCCGAAACUC